ACACUGUGAAAGCUGUUAAGAUUCAGGUUAAGAGACUCCGAAAUAAUUUACCUUCCAAAGUCAUAAACGGCGUACAAAAACUCGUAUAUGUGUGUAGUAUAUUCCAUUUUAAUAGAUAAACACAGACGAUAAAUGUGACAUCGAAAAUUCAUGGUUACGCGACUGAAUAAAAGCGGCUGCAGAAUUUAUUUAACUGUCACGCGUGAAAUGUCGAAACAACGAUCCGCGAAAAAUGAGAAGAUACGGAAGGGGGCGACCGCCGAUAAUCAAUCUACAGGACCUGUGAUCUUAAAUAAAGAUGGAAAUGUAACGAUAAAAAUUCAGGCUAAACCCGGAGCAAAAUGUAACAAUGUAACCGAUAUUUCCGACGAAGCAGUAGGCAUUGCAAUCUCAGCUCCACCAAUGGAAGGCGAAGCAAAUGCCGAACUCGUUAAAUAUUUAGCUUCGGUUUUUGAAUUAAGAAAAUCCGAUGUAUCUUUGGACCGUGGAUCUCGAAGUCGGCAAAAAGUAGUUAUAGUAUCGGGAAUCACAACAGAUCAGGUUUUGGCGAAAUUGAAAAGAGAAAUGGGCAAUUAAAAAGUUUUUCUUUACUGCAUAAAAAGUUUUUUUUAUCAUUAAAUAUUUUUCCCAAAUUAAUAUAUGUAUAAAUUUUUCUUAUAAAUACACUUUAAUCUGACUUUUUUUAAAUUUUAUGUUACUUAUUUUCUGCAUAUUUCUGUGUGUUGAAUGCCAAUCAUUUUUUUACAAUAUUAUACAAUUUAUACAUCUCUGCUUCUCUCCAUGAAAAUAGAGUUAGCGUACUGUCAGUAUCCAUAAAAUUUAAUGUACAUUAAAAUUUUUUA